AUGUGGCAUGCUCUCCGCUUGCCAAUAUCCACGGUAGCAACACAUCCCACGGCCAUACUCAGCAUCAUGAGCACACUCGAAAGAAGAUACGGUGCCCUGGUGAAAAACCUGCCUGCUCAGCCUGUCAUCGCGUGGGACAAGCAUGCUGCUACGGAGAUGGAGACUACAACUCUGAGCAGGGCCCGGAUAGGCUUCACAGUAGAAUGGUAA